UCAACAACAGAGACCUCGCAAUGCUUUUCAAAUUCUCCCUGUUGAUGGCGCUGCUCGUCGUGGGCCUGGUGCUGGGGUCUGUACCGAAACUGAAGCGUCCAACGACUCCGAAGAUUCAUAGAUUGGAGCAACAGUCAGAGAUUCUGUCGGCCCAGAAUCCUGCGACAACGCAAAUAUGCUUUGGCUACUAUGGACCCAUCCUAAACGGUGUUUCGACCAAAUACGAGACUGAUUACUCGCUAUGCGCCGAGACCUUCGAAAACUUUAGCCACGGAAUAUACUGCAACUGGAACUCUACGCUCUAUGAACUGGCCAGCGACGGAGACUAUGCAUGCGAUACCUUUGCCGACUGCUCCACAAUUGUUGACUAUUUGGAGGCGUUUGAGUGCUUCGCCAGAGUGGGUGCCCAAGAGUCCAAGGCGAUGUAUGCAAUUUCAGCAAAUGCCACCGAAGCGUCUACCUCCAUUCAUAUGCAGCUUCAGGCGUUGGAGAACUCACUGGACAUAUGCCAAAAUGAAGCUGAAAGACACUUUGUGGAGGAUACGACCAACACGUAUGAGAAUUUGAAUGGCUGCCUCAAUGGAGAUCGCCUGCCAGAUGCAUCUGAGCCUGCAAAUACAACACCAGGUUAUCUAACAACAUGGUAAUGGUAGUGUAACGAACUUGAAGAGCAAAAAAUAAAUUAGAUUGUGCCUGA